AUUGAGAACAACCAACGUACUCUCCAAUUUAUGACUAAAAUGAGGUCAGACUUAUCAUCUUUUAGUAAAACAAGAAGAUAGACUGUAGCCAAGCGCUUUGUGUCGGUUUUAAAAAGUAAUUUAUUUGGCGCACUCGUUUCGGCAUUAAGUGAAUUAUCUUUGGCAAUUAUAGCAUUUUCCAUUUGGCCAUGCAGUGAUUUAUUCAUACAUUUUGCUAGUAUUGUGUCUAGACCGUGUGGAUCAGAAUGCAUUUAACGUUGUAUUUAUUGCUGAUUCUGGUCUGAGAUAACGGCUUGACAUCUAAAGCUAGCAACAAGUUGGUGAUCACCUCAGUUGCCUUUCAAGACCACAUCACAUGCAGCCUGCUGCAUCCAAACUUCUCACUUUCUGACCCUUUGAUGAGAUACAAAAUACAAGCACCCAGAAAAAGAGUGGAGAGGGGUCUGCAGACACAAGAUCAGCAAGAAGAGAGAGAAUAUGUGCUUGAUUCUGCUCCACCUCCUUUAACAUUAGCUCAGAAGUUGGGUUUGGUGGCCGCCCCUGCAGGGAGACUGACAGAGGACGAAUGGACUCGGGUCAAGGCGAGGUCUGUUCAGCAGGGGGACUCAGCUCAGCCCUGUGCAAUAUGCAGGGAGGAGUUUUGCCUUCAGCCUCAGGUGUUGCUGUCUUGUUCUCAUGUUUUCCAUAGAGCAUGUUUGAAGGCCUUUGAGAGAUUUUCUGGGAGGAAGUGCUGCCCGAUGUGCAGAAAGGAGCAGUAUGAGACACGGGUGAUCUACGAUGCAGCUCGACUCUUCAGACACCAAUGUGCCAUCAGAAUUCAGGCAUGCUGGCGAGGCUACGUUGCUCGGAGAAGAUACAGAAAAUUGAGAAAAUCCAUCUGCCCAAAAGACAAACUGCUGCGACGGAAAUUCUUCGAAGCAAAGUUGCAGGAGUUGAAUGACAGCUUUGUCCGAUACUGUCACACCGACACGGAGGCUUUUCUGAGUGAUAUCAACCGCUCCCUGUCAUCAAGCAGACAAGUGUUUCAGCAGCUGGAGAGAAAGCACGUCUCUGAACCUCAGGAGAGUGACUGGGAUCGAAUACAGAGCCAGGUUAUCCAGAGAGAUGUCUGGGACUGUCCCAUCUGCCUGACUGCAUUGUGCAGGCCAAGCCUACCAACAGAAGCAGGUACAUCCAGCCAUCGGCAACACAGACGCACCAUGCUUCUGUCCUGUUCCCACCUCUUCCAUCAGCUCUGUCUAGAGGCCUUUGAGGCCUUUUCUAUAGAGAGCAGACCUUCCUGUCCCCUGUGCAGAUCCGUCUACCACAAAAAAACCAUCUAACCAGGUACAAAUUUAUGCAAGAUGGCAUUUUAAAGAUUUUUUUAUUUUUAUUUGACAAAGGACAGUGUAGAAAUGGGGGAGAGAGGGUUAUGACAUGCAUUAAAGGUCUUAAGGCUGAUAUUGAACCCAAGACAUUGCGGUUAUAUGGCAUGCGCUGUAACCACUCAACAAUGACAAGAAUAGUUCCAAAAUUUUGGGAAAUACUUUCCUGCUAUAAUAUGAAGCUGGAGCCGGAAGCGCUUACCAUAGCUUAGCAUAAAGGUGGGCUAGCUUGGCUCUCUCCACAGUUAAAAAAAAUCAACCAACAGGCCCUCUGAAGCUCACUAAUGAUAUAAUACAUUGUAUUUAAUUUGUUUAAUCCAUACAUAAAAAGGAAUGUAAACAUGACUUUUUUUUUUUUUUUUUUUUUUUUUAUCUGGGGAUACCAGUAACUUCUGCAGUCUUGCAGAGACUCCAGAAAGUUACUGUGUCCUGCCUUUAGUCGCCGGGAAAUAGUUACAGCAUGUAACUCAUCUGUCAGUAUUGAUGUCCAGGGUGUCACACUGAUGAAUGAAAAGAUGUUCACAAAGCAUUUUUUUCUACUUUUAUUUGCAAACACACAAACAUCAAAAAUAACUAAACAAACUGAGAAAUUGUAAAAAAAUACAUUCACAAAACAUGUACAAAAAAUUACAUGCAGCGACCAACUGACAUACUGUAUAGACAGUACAGAAAAAAAGCUGCUUCAUUUAUACAGGCCAACCCUCAACUUUUGAACCCCCCACACAACACAGAGAUGUACUGUAAAGGCAACCAGAAAAGCUUGCUUGAAUAGAAAAUGGCCCUCUCAGUUCUUACCUCAAAAGCCACUGCGAGUAGUGAUUGUGAUGUUUUAUUAGGGGAGUGACAGUUCACUGGUAAGUAAUGUAGAGCCCGUGUUACCACAGUCUGCAGCUGAGCGAAUGUAUGCGCAACUAUGAUGGAACUGGAAAUAGCUUUGGUGUA